AUGCGGUCAGACGAGAGGUGUACGUUUUACACAAAUACCAUGGCUAAACGUAUGGGUGAAAAAUGCGACUGGUUUACGACGAAAUGCAUGUCUCCAUUCUCUCUGUGUCGUGAUACAUGUGAGUGUUUCGAAGUAUUUCUGCGGACGGAUGACGGCAGGUGUAAACUGCCGGAUGUCGCAUACAUGGGAGAAUCAUGCGGAGUAAUGCGUGAUUGCUUAUAUCCGUCCGUGUGCAAAAACGGUCGAUGUGUUUGUGAGGCUCCUUACAGGGAAAUUUCCGAGGAAGAAUUCUGGUUGGAUCCUGUCAGUCCAUUGCAAUGUCACAAUAUCACGUAUUCCAUACAUACCUGCAACGGAACUGAAAUAGAAAUACCGCCUGGGUUAUUGCCUACAACUACCACCACGACAACUCCUACAACCACAACGACAACUCCCACAACUACCACGACAACUCCUACAACUACCACGACAACUCCUACAACUACCACGACAACGCCUACAACUACCACGACAACUCCCACAACUACCACGACAACUCCCACAACUACCACGACAACUCCCACAACUACCACGACAACUCCCACAACUACCACGACAACUCCUACAACUACCACGACAACUCCCACAACUACCACAACUCCCACAACUACCACGACAACGCCUACAACUACCACGACAACUCCUACAACUACCACGACAACUACCACUACAACACCUACAACUACCACUACACCUACAACUACCACUACACCUACAACUACCACUACAACACCUACAACUACCACUACAACACCUACAACUACCACUACACCUACAACUACCACUACAACACCUACAACUACCACUACAACACCUACAACUACCACUACAACACCUACAACUACCACUACAACUACCACGACAACGCCUACAACUACCACGACAACUCCUACAACUACCACGACAACGCCUACAACUACCACGACAACUCCUACAACUACCACGACAACGCCUACAACUACCACGACAACUCCUACAACUACCACGACAACUCCUACAACAACAACACUCAAAGGGAAUGCAAGCGAAUCUGCUUCAAAUAUAUCUCCCGUUCAGAAUGGAGGCCUCGAGAUAUUCAUCAUACCGUCUGUCGCAGGGGCAACGCCCACCAAAGAUGCUGAAAGUCAGGUCCAAAAGUCCCUUUCGACCCCCGUCAAACCCGAGACGGAAUCGAUGAAUAAUUUUAAAAUUCCCCGUCCAAGUCUCAACACACCUAUUUACACAAACGACUACAGUACUUGGGGGUCUUCGUUCUCAUCGUUCAGUCCCUAUUACGGCUCUGUCGUGUCCUUGAACCCUGAAGAGGUCAUGUACGAGGAGAUCGAUAAAGAGCCAGAAGAACAGGGAGUGGAGAAAUAG